UAUUUUGUCUUGUGGGAUUGGAUGGAGCAGGUGGGUUGCUGAAUGAUGAAAUUCGAAGACUUGCUGAUGCAGCCAAGCGACGACAAACAGAAAAGAUUACUUCUUGAAGAAGAGGUUGAAGAACUUGGACAAGAAUUAGCUGGGCAACUUCAACUGAAAACAGUUCUGCAAUGUGCGUUACAAGGACCUGUUCGCUCUUGUCCCUGCCUCUCUUCCCUCCCUCUCAGGGUUCAACAUCUGCUUGAAGAAAUGGUUAUGGCGGAGGAAGAGAUUGUUUGGCUGGAGAGGAAAGUAAACGUGCUGAAGCUGAAGCUGUAUAGAGAGAAAGAGUUGGCUGAAAAAUGGGAAAUGCUGCAGCUCAAACAAGUAAUUUCAAAACCAACAUUACCUCCCCCACCGCGACCGGUCAAAGAUAUUGAUUCACAAAACUAUCAACAACUCAGAAAACAAUAUCGAAUUCGAAGAGCCUCUGCCUUGGACUUCCCCACCAUUUCUUCUGGUAAUUUUUUGGGCGCAGAGGAAAUCGCUGAGAGUAGUUCGAGAAGCCGCAGACACCAUAGCCAACCAGAUAUGGAAAUGGACAAUGAGAAACCAAAUAAGCUGUCGGAAGAAGUAAUCAAAUGCUUAAUAAGUGUAUAUCUCAAGUUGAACAAAGCAUCACUGGAGAGCAAAGGUUCAUCUAAUGCUGUUGUCAAACAGUCUCUAAUUUCCUCCAAGAAACCCAAAAGCAGCUUCAUAUGCAAAACCUCAUUAAACUGUACGACAGCAGCAGCAGCAGCAGCACCCACGUUUACAUUCAAUGAUUACGCGUCAAAUCUUGAUCCUUAUGGGAUAUUGCUAGACACUGAUGGAAGUCAGAGAGAGAUUGGAUCAUACAAGAAUUUCAUCCAAGUCUCAAGAACUUCUCUCAACACAAGCCAUAUAUCUGAAUGUCUUCCUGAGAUGGGAAAGUUGAGGUCUAUGGUGCAUAAACUUAGCAAUGUGGACAUAACUUACUUGAGCUACAAGCAGAAGUUGGCAUUCUGGAUCAAUGUCUAUAACGUCUGCAUAAUGCAUGCAUUUCUGCAACACGGUUUGCCCUCUACAGAGGAGGAACAGCUGUGCCUCGUGAAUAAGGCUGCGAUUAAUGUUGGUGGUAUUGUACUUAAUGCAUUGGCCAUCGAGCACUUCAUCCUCAGGCAUCCAAGAGACGCUGAACAUGGUUUGAUAGAUGAUAAAGAAAGAGUAUUGAGGAAUACUUAUGGUCUCGGGUAUCCAGAACCUAAUGUCACGUUUUCUCUCUGUCGAGGAAGCUGGUCUUCACCAGCACUAAGGAUCUACACACCAGAUGAAGUUGUUAAUGAACUGGAGAGAGCGAAAGUAGAGUACUUAGAGGCUUCAGUGGGAGUGACAAGUAAGAAGAAGAUAGUGGUUCCCAAGCUCAUGCAAUGGCACAUGAAAGACUUUGCUGAUGAUAUGGAAUCACUUGUAGAAUGGAUAUACAGCCAAUUACCAAACUCUUGCUCUCUCAAAAGGUCAAUCAUGGAUUGCCUAAGAGGGGAAACGAAAUCCCCACUUACUAAGAUGAUAGAGGUUCAACCUUAUGCCUCAGAAUUCCGAUACUUACUGCCCUUAUAAUUGACAGAUAUACUCAAAGAUGUAACCACCACUUUUUCUGCAUAUGCUGCCAAUACCUUUUUAGUUUGAAGUUCAGUUUCCAUUAUACAUUGUCUCACCAGUCACAACCACCUGUUCCACAAUUCCCACUCAAAUUAUCUGUGAGAGAACGAAAAGUAUAUUUGUCAAGAGGGCCUUGGCUUGUCUGUUCGGGUUGAGAACUUGGCUAAUAUGUCUCAAGUUUAACCCUAGGGGAAAGCAAGUCUAUUUCGGCACCAAUAGCUUAUUUUGUUUCGGCUGGCAAUUUAGAGAAUAUAGUGUCCCCUUGACUCCU